AUGACUGCAACAAUCUGCCAAUUGCUACAAGUCAUACUAUAUGCUACUGUAGCAGCUAGUUCUUUGAGCAACACGCAAAUCCCUCUUGCGAAUGGCCUUUCAACUGAUAUCAUCACCGGAGUAUACGGAGAAGAUCCAGAGAUCAGAAUUCUGAGCGAUGAUGGCCAGAUCAAUUGGAAGCUCAGCGUCAACGACAUCCUCGAGGGACAGCCCAAUCUAGUACCCUGGCUUAGAGACUGUCUGUCCAAUGGAAGUGCGGUCACGGAAAUGAAACAGAUAUCAGAUGGGACUAAGAUAGCUGCCCUAAUUGGCGAGGCAGCAGUGGUCAUUAACUACAUGCCUGAAAAUUCGGAAGAGGAUAAAAAGGUCGUUUACGGAGUCUGCGUCAACAUUCCGAACCUCAGCAACUGCCAUACUUUGGAAGCUCUUCCAGAUGAUACACUUGCUAUUGCCACUAGCGGCCAACGUCAAAGCGAUGGCAUUUGGUUGUAUGAUGCCGGAAGGGGCUUAGUUCCUGAUGGAAGCCCAGAGCCAUUCCAGAAAGUAGGCUGCCAUCCAACAAUCCACGGGAUGGUAUGGGAUGACGAAAAGGGAAUUCUGUGGGCAGCUGGAACCGACAAGGCUGCGGACGGAAGCGAUUGCCGUGCUUACGGUCUUCUGAAUGGGUACCAGUGGAGUAAGGAACACCACUACCUCGAUAAAGACCCGGUUAAUAGCUACCGCAUGCCAACCACUGCUCAGUGUUUCACCGAGUGGCCAAGCGAUAAUCCGAAUAGCAAGUACUGGGAUGGACCGCACGAUGUCGCCCCUGUACCUAAUGAGCGCAAACUUCUUGUAUCAACUGAGUUGGAUAUUCACGAGUUCGACUUCGAUUCCGAGAGGUUCACCGCAGGCGAAGCUGUUGAGGCGACGUACCUGAAAGGAUACGUCCCUUUAGGGAACAGAACAGGUACUAAUAAGUCUGGCCAGCCAGAGUAUCUGCCGCGGUCGGACCUGAAGAGCGUAAGCUUGGCCGAGGAUGACCGCGUAGUAUACAAUCAGGCAAUCUGGGCAACUACAUUCAGCAGCAGACUGAUCAACGUGCUUGAGAAUGGGAACCAUAGGGGUAUUGAUGUGGAUGGGAGCAUUUACAAGGCUCGUUGGCUCGACAGUACUCCUGGAUGGAGGAGAGCAGAAUGGUCACUGUAA